AUGAGCGACCAAUACGACAUCUGGAUCGAAGAUAAGCCUCAUUCCGUGGAAGGUCACAUUUUUUACGGUACACUCACCUUCAAAGGCAAGGUUGUUUGGGGACCCAAACAUUGCCACAACAACACAACCCAACUGAAAACCGCUCUCCGCCAAGCUGAUGACCGCCUUGACAUGGAAUUUAUCUCAAAGCCCAAUUCAGUCGAAGGACACACACGCUACAUCAGCGUUAAGUCUAAAGGCAACGUUAUUCUGAACAAACUCAGUACUCAUGACAAUAUGGACGAGUUGGUUACCGUUGUUAAAACUAUUUGGAAUAUUGACUCCCCUGCCUAG